UCCUCAGAUCAGUUGGAAGCACAGACAACAGUCUCCUUCGGAUCAGUUGACAUCGCAGACGUCUGCUUGCUUUUUUUUACAGACCAUUUAAAUUCUGAUUUAUACAGAAAAGAAACAGUGUUGAAGAUGUAAUAUGUCUGCAUAUCCUUUGCAGGUAGGUGGGGGAAAUAAUUCUAUUUUGUUUUCAAAUAAAUUGGUUAGUAAGUUUUAUGUUCAAUAAACAUACUGGGUUUUCCACUCUUGUUUAGUGGAAACUCGGAAAAGUUGUCCCGCUUAUUCUCUGGGGAGGGACCUCUGAAACCACCUUAGGCUGAGUUAGACUGCUGGUCCAACUCUCUCCACAUUGCCUGCACUGACUGGCAGCAGCUCUCCAGGGUAAGGAGACUCACUCCCAGCCCUUCCUGGAGAUGCUGCCGAUGGGACCUUCUGCAUGCUAAGCAGCUGCUCUGCCACUGAGCCACCUGCCUCCUGACCCCACAGCAUCCCCAAAGUGUCACAACAGUGUGAUGCAAAUCUUGACCAUUAAAAGCCUUAAACUGGGGCCCAGGCUAAAGAGCAACAGCACAGUCUGCAUCUAGGGGCCCAGUUUUUACCCUACUCCUGAGUAAUGGGUCUAUCCAUGAGGAAUCAAUCCCUGAAAUGGCUCCAUUGUUAAGGAUAAUGGUUUAAUUUCCUGAAAUGGGAAUGUUUGCUUAGGUGGAUUUGCUGUGUAUUUUUUAGCAUGGGGGUUUUCCUUUGGCCGUAGCUCUCUUAUGUGAUUGGCUGACUGUAAGUCACAUGGGAAAGGCAUUCCAUUCUGUUGUGACUGUUAUUCCAGCAACUGUCAUUUUUUAAACUGCUUUUUCUCUUCUUCUCUCUGUGUGAGGGAGAAUGGGUGCUAGAGAGAGGUUUCUUCAUGCUGCUGAGCGCCUGUCAGGGUGACCUGCCUGAAGUCAAGCAGACAGGAAGAUCCUGAAAUGUUAACAGGGAGAAUCCUGUGCAAAUCUCUCUAUAAGAAACAAAGUGAAUACUGCUGAGGUGAAAGUGAAAGUGAAAACCUUUAUAAGAAGCUGUAAGGCAAGUUGGGUGCAAGUCUCAAGACAGUUUCGCUUAUAAGUCUAACUAAGACUUCAGUCUACAAUUCAACUGAGAACACCCACGUUUGAAUAAGCACGAGAUUGUAAAGAUAUUCUUCUCACUUAUAUGUUUUGGAAAGCAAAGUUCUUUUGAAUAUAAAGAGUCUGGACCUGGUAUAGUCUUUACUAUGAAGCUAUAAAUCACCAACAGAGCCGUUGCUGCCAGUCAGGGUGGGCAGAGUGGAGACAAGAUCGGCGCAGGGCGGCUGUCCUGGGCUGUUCUGCAGGGGGCGGACUCGCUCCCCCCGGAAACCCCCGGGAAGGUGGAUUUCUGAGCAGCUGCUGUGGGCGCAUUGUCCACCAGGCGGCGCCAUUGCCUAUGGUUUGGGGAGCAGCUCCCAAGAGCGACUCUUUUAUGGGGUUCGUGGCGGGAGGACUCGUCCGCAUUUAUUCACUCGCGGCGGCGGCGGGACUGGAUGUCAGCCCCUGUUUGCAACGCGCCCCUCUUUUCCCCCUGAUCCGCCUGCCGUUGCCCCUGCUGCGCAAAAGCUGCCUUGACCAGGACAGGUGUGGACGCUCCUCGUGGGCCUCGGGGUCUGCUUUCCAGGGACGGAUAUUCCCUCCAAGUUCGGCUGACGGGGAGGCUCCACAUCUCCGCAGCGUAGAGUCAAACUACGGAACUCGCGGCCACAAGGUUUCAAGGCAGCAUGAAAGCGGGAUCACGCAAAGGGCGGGCGGGCCUGCCAUAAGUCCGGGAUUUCCCGGGCACAUGUGGGAUUCGUCCGUCGGAAAUAGCGUCUGGGCGGGAUUUCCGAAAAUCGGAAAACCCCGGGCGUAUGGCAACCCAAGUCUGACAAUUGUUUAAAAACAAUUUUCACUCGUUGAAAUAUGGCAGCCCUAAGUGGCCACGCCUACCUUUGCACCCCAUGUGCUGGAGAGCAGCUGCAGGAGAGAGCUGCCCUUGCCCUCGGGCUCGGCUGUGAUGCCCCCUCCCUCCUUGGGCCUGAUCCGGCCUCUGGGCUCUUUCGGGGGGCCUUCUGAGCCUGCUCGGCAUUACUUUCCCCUUCAGUCCCUCUGGCUACCUCGACACCAUACAGUGAAAGCGCAUCCCCCUCCCCCCCAAAAAAAAUGAAUUCUGGGAACUGUAGGCUUUUUAAAAAGGGGGGUUUCUGGGAACUAGCUUUCCGCACCGUUCCCAGGAUUCUCUGCAGGAAGCCAAGGGCUUUGAAUUUAGAUAGGAACCUGUAUUCUCCUCUCCAAAUUUAGUCCCGUUUUCGUCACGUGGUGAAUGAAUGGAGAGGAGGCAGAACGGGGAAGAAACUGAGGCGCAGAUUCAGAAAUUCAUCGCGGGGUGGGGGCGGGCAGAAUAAGGGGGGCACGUCGCAGAAAGUGAACGGGAGCAGCUGGUCCGCCAGGGGGACAGAAGCUGCUCCCCCCCCCCCCGGUUGAGGGCUGCCCUUCACUGGAGGUAUUGGCUGGACUCGCAAGAUUCCUGCGUUGAGCAGGGAGAGGUUGAGUGGAUGACCUCUUGGGUGCCCCUCCCAGCUCAACGAUCCAACGAGCAGCGCAUUGGAUCGACAUACGCACAAACCGCCCCGCGUACCGGGCGCUGGCAGUUGUCAGAGGCUCGCAAUUUCCUCUCCUCCCCAGAUUUCUUGGCCACCCCCUGCCAUCUGAAGCAGGAGGGGGCAGGAAGGGCUCUUCCCUUCUCUUGGCCUUGGAAUCCUAGAAUCUCAGGGUUAGAAGGGAUCCCAAGGGUCAUCCAGUCCAACCCCGAGCCACGCAGGAAGCACCGCUGGCGCGCCCAUGACAGGUGGCCAUCCAGUCUCUGCUUAAAAACUGCAGAGGAAUGUGGGAGCCCCUUCUCGUGUAGAACUGCUCUUACUAUCGGGAAGGUCUUCCUAAGGUCGGGAUCUCCUUCCUUGCCCCUGGAGUCGGGGUCCUGCCCUCUGGAGCAGCAGAAGACCAGCUGGCUCCGUCUCCCCUGGGGCAGCCCCUCUGGCACUUGCUGCUGGGCUCCGCGCUGCUCCUUCGUCCGCCUUCCCUCGAGUGAGGGGGGGGGGAGGGAUUAAGGCCAGCCCCCUCCCCUCGGAGCCCUCCUCCUCCUCCUCCCCCCGGCCAGUAUGAAUAGCGGUGCUGUUGCGCCGGGGCGCUUGUUCGCUGCCCAGGACCGUCCGCCUAGCUCCGGGACUCCGCCUGCUUCUCGGUCUCGUCUCGCUCUCGCUGCCGUCCAGCCAGGCUCCCCGGCGGCCAUGGAGGCGUUCGCUGGCUCUCGCGCCCUGGGCGAGGAGUCCCUGCAGAUGUGGGACCUCAACAAGCGGCUGGAGGCUUACCUGUCGCGCGUGAAGCACCUGGAGGAGGAGAACGAGGGGCUGCGCGCCGAGGUGCAGGGCUUGCGGCUGAGCCCCGUCGAGGGCUCGUGGCGGGCGCGCUACGAGGGCGAGGUGGCGGCGCUGAGGGCCACCCUGGAGCAGGCUUUCCGCGAGAAGGCGUCGGCCGAGCUGGCCCGGGACGCGCUGCGCGACGAGGUGCAGCAGGCGACGGGCCGGUGCCAGCGGGAGAGGGCGGCCCGCGACGAGGCCAAGAGGAUGCUGUCGCGGAGCAGGAAGGAGCUGGAGGAGGAGCGCCGGGCGCAGCUGUGGCUCCGCGAGAAGGCGGCGCAGCUGGAGCAGGAGGUGCGGGCGCUGGACGAGGCGCACCGGGACGAGAAGGCGGCGCUGGGCCAGGAGGCGGCCGGCGCCCUGGGGAGUCUGCAGAGCGGCCGGCGCGGCGCCCCGACGGCCGAGGGCUGCUUCCAGCCCGCCGAGGUGGAGGACUACGCGCAGCGCCUCUCCAGCAUCUGGAAGGGGGCCACCGAGACCUACAAGGCGGAGGUCUGGCAGCUGGAGGCCGCCCUGGGCGAAGCCAAGGAGAAGCUCUGGAGAGCCACCGAGGGCAACCGGCAGGGCCAGCUGCGCCUCCAGCAGCUGGAGAAGGAGCUGGCCGGCCUGAAGAUCCGCAAGGAGGUCCUGGAGGAGAGCCUGGCGCAGCAGUGGCAGCAGCAGCACGGCGAGGCCGGCCAGCUCCAGGUGGGUCAGCAGGAGGGCGGGGUGGGGCGGCCCUCCAGCGCACUGAAGCCAAUUGGGCUACAUGGCCCUUGGGGGUCCCUUCCGGCCCCAUGGUUCCAGGUGCAGCGUGUGCGAUUUGGGGGCUGGGGGCAGAGACCCCCUCUGCUUGGAAAGGCACCCGAGGAGCGGCAGCAGCAGCGAGAGAACUGCCAGGCGGCUCCUCUAGCGUCCAAGUGACCCGCCCACUAGGGAACCGAGCGGAGAUGUUGGGUAGAUGGGGCGGCCUGUGGGUUUUAUCUGCCCAUGAGUCAAAGAGGGUUGAAGCCAAGCCCGGUCACUGAGGGAAGGGGGUUCAUAGAGCAAUAGAGUUAGGACCUCAAGUGUGGUCAAGUCCAGCCCCGGCAAUGCAGGAAUCCCGCGCAGAGAAUCCCCAAGAGGGGGCAUCUCAGCUCUGCUUAAAACCAUCCAGCCCAGGAGAGCCUGUCACCUUCCAAGGGGGUCUGUUGCACGUGCAGGACAUUGCGCCUGGACCCGUCUGGGGGGGGGGGUCUCCUGCCAGACUCCCUACUCUGAGCGUGCAGGAAGAGGGGGGAUCCCAAGAGUCUGCGUCUGUGCCGGGGGUGGGAGGGGCAAAGCUUUGGCUUUUCCCAGGACAAGAAAACUCCCAUUUUACCUUGGACCCUUUUACACAUGCCUGGCCCUUGCUGGGGGGGAAUGAGAGCCUUCUCUCUUUCCUAUCUGCAUCAGCUUUCUAGACUGCUGCUGCUUCUUUUCAAAAUAUUCUCAUUUGUGCUGGACCUCCGGCCUGCCCUAGGGUGGGUUUCACUUCUACUCCAGUUUGUAUGCUGUUCGCGGGGAGGGUCUCUGCCUAAAUGGUCCCUCUCCUCACCUGUGGUGGAGUUUUAGGGCCCCCUCACUGCUCCCUCCAUGGCAUGAGAGACUAUAAGGUCCAGCUGGCCAAAGGGGGUCUGCCUCGUCCAGCCGCCUGUCUUCAGAGUGGCUGCCCAGCUGCCCAUCAUUCCUGAACUGAACUGAAUGACCCUUUGCGCCACUUCUGACUCCGCCAUUCUGUGAUUUGUGCCUCUUUUGUGGUUUGUGUGCCGACAUGGGCUUGGACUCCAGGUGUGGAAUCGGGGAGAGAUUUGGGGCAAGGAGGGGUGUGGGGACAGGAGGGCAGGGAGGUUGUGGCUCAGGAGCAGGAUUGGGAUUUCUGCUAAUUCUCGCUCACUUGGAAAGAGAGAGGGGUGGUUUUGGAGAUAGCCAGGAAGUGGCAGUGUGGAACUUCUGGUCCUCAGAUAUUGCCGGCCUCCAGCUCCCUUCAGCCUUGACAAUGGGUCAUGCUGGGGGGAGAGGAAGCUUCAAUUGAUCACAUUGGGGGGGCCCUAAAGGUUCCCCCAUGUAAGCUCUUUGGGGAAGCCUGUCUCCAUUCCCCCUUCAGCAGGUCCAAGUGAUGCUGUGCUGCAAGGCAGAGUGUCACGUUGUCACAAGGCAGACCCUGGAAGAAUCACAGAAUCCUAGAAUUGUCGGGUUGGAAGGGACCUCAGGGGUCAUUUAGUCCACCCCCCUGGCUGAUGUGCCCUGGCGAAGGGUGUCUCCUGAGCCAAAACACCCAGAGGAAAUGCUCUCCCUGCUGCCGUGCCCAUCAUCCUAGUGGGCACCAUGAGAUUAUCUGUCCUUCCUGCAUUGCGGGGGGUGGGGGUGAACCCUUGGGGCUCUAUGGGAGGUGGAGGUUCCUCUGGCAAUCCCCAGGCCAGGGCCAGGAGCUGCGUCCUCCCCUCCAGUCCGCUUGCCGUGGAGCCCCCUUGGCUGACAGACGCCUCUGUCUCUCCUCUGCCUCAACAGCUGGCCAUCGAGUCCCUGGAGGAGGAGAAGCAGUCCCUGCGGGUCCAGAUCGCCCAGGUCCUGGAGGAGCGCCAGCAGCUGAUGCACCUCAAGAUGUCCCUCAGCCUGGAAGUGGCCACCUACCGGUGAGAGAGCUCAUUGCCCCAGGGCUACUCUGGGGAAGGGUGGGGCCACGUGAUGCCUGGGGGGUGAGACACAGGAGCAGACUGGCCCUCUGGCCUCUUCCCGCCCUGGCUUGGCUCCUUGAGUGAACUUCAAAAGAGCCCUGUAGCUGGAUCCAGCCAAAGGUGGACCAUCUUGUCCAGCCUCCUGUCCUCACAGGGGCCAAAUGCCCCAAAGAGCUUGGGAAGUUAGAUAGACUGCCUCUGGAGCUGGAGGUUCCAUGAGGACCACAAAGAUCCUGGCUGCUGUGUCAGGCCAAAGGGAGCCCGUCUAGUCCAGCCGUCCGUCCUCGCAGUGGACAACCAGAUGCCUUUUUAGGGAAACCUGCAAGUAGGAUCCAAGCACAAGGGCAACCCUUUCCCCGCCUGUGGAUUCCAGCAACUGGGAUUUAGAUGCACUGCUGCCUCUUCACUACGGAGGCAGAGCAGAGCCAGCACAGCUGGUAGCCAUUGAGAGCCGCCUUUUCCUCCUCAAAUUUGCCCGAUCCUCUUUAAAAGUCAUCCAAGUGGGUGGCCUGCCAGGAAGGUGUCUUCAAGUGGUGAGUCUUGCCUCUUGCUUGCCUCAGUGAAGGUGCAGGAGGAGAAGAGAGGGAUGUGUGAGGGAGAGGGAGCUGGGUGUGGAAACCUCCGGCUUUUGCAUGGCUGGCAUGUGGAGAGGCAUCUCAGUUGCUCUGCCCACCUUUUGCCCCUGGCCCCACCCAUUGCUGGCAUGCGGCCCCUGGGAGGCUCCUCACAAGGAGAGGCGGCCCUUGGUCUGAUAAAGCUUCUCUGUUUCUGAUCUUGGAGGCCCAGAGGAGGCCGGGGGGGGGGGCGUCCCUUGGAUCUCAGCCGCUGCCUCCUUCAGGGAAGGGCAAGUAGGGAACUUUGCCACAUGUGAAUGUUAGACUGACUCACCCCAGCUAAAAAAGCAAUACAACUCUUUAAAAAAGAAAAGAAAAAGAGGGGAGCAGCAGCAACUCUCCCCUCCACCUUUCCAGAGACCCUUCCCCAUUUUGAUUGAUUUCAUUGAUUUCUACAGCUCUGUGAUUCUGUAGUUUAUUUCUACACCAAUUUCCAUUCAAGCGAAUCCCAAAGUAGCUGAUAAACAACAGUAACUUAACAGCACAUCACAAGUGCAACAUAAAUAACAAAUAAUCAAUAAAAGAAUUUUGAUCUAUAAAACUGCACUAAAACUUCAGCAACUCAAAUAACAACUACAAAGGCAAGCAUCCCAAUUACAACAUAAGUUGCAUUAUAUGAUUAACAAAUAACCAGUAAGGCAUUUAUAAUAUUAACAAAACAGCAACUAAAAAAACCCCCUUUCUUCACCACUUGUUCCUGUAUAGGCAGAAGCAGACUCUAUAAAAGGCCGCUUCCAGGCGUCUCCUCUAACUCUCCCCAGUUGGGUGAAGCGUCUGGGCUUUGGCACCCUGCUUUCCAGGCUGUGUUCUGGGUGCCCCCCCAAGGAGAAGGAAAAGGGACCCCCCAAAAAAACACCCACAGCCCCUUCUCUCCAUUCCUGGGGCCUGUUUUCUCUUCUCCCUCUACCCCCAGAGACCCCUCCUCCUCCUGGGAACUGGGCUCUGGUUCACAAGCCCCCUCCCCGCAUGGCUCCUCCAGGACAAAAGUGGGCUGGCCGCUGAGGGGGUUCAGCACUGCCAUUAGCAUGAGAAAGGGGGGCCCUGUCUGGGAGGAGGAAGAGGAGGCAGCAGAGGCUGCCCAUGGCAUCACCCCAAUGGGCCCCAAAUGCAGCUGCAAAGGAUGUCAGAGCAAGGUUUCACACCCCUCUGUGUGGCUGGGAAUGACUCUCUUAACAUGCUCAGAAAUAUCCUGGCGUGUUUUAAGUGACGAGGUGGGGGCUUAGCAGGCUCCAGGCCUCCACAGGCACUGCAGCCGUCAGCGGCUUAUUUUGCUGGAAGACUCAGGUCAGAUAAAAGAAAGGGCUUCCCCACCCUGUAUAAACUGUGGAACUCCCUUCUGAAGAGGCGGGGGGGGGGCGUCAGCUUGGGUGGCUUUAGAAGUGGGCUGACAAGUCCAUGGAGGAGGAGGAGGAGAGGGCUCCUGACGGCCGCCAGCCUUGAUGUCUAAGCUCUGCCUCCACAGCUGGAGGCAAAAGUGCUUCUGAAUCCCAGUAGCUGGAAAUGGCCAGAGGGGAGAACAUGCUCUUGUGCUGGGAUCCUGCUUGCGGUUUCCCAUGGAGGCACCUGCUUGACCACUGGGGGAGCAGGAGGUGGGCUGGCUGGGCCAGGGUCCGGAUCCAGCAGGCUCUUCCGAGGUUCUGAUGGCCUUCCUCUGCCCCUCUAAAAUGGGUUCUGUGCGAGAACAAAUCUUGAAGGAUUCGGUUCAAUGGAGGGGGAAGAGGGGGGCUGGCUCUGUGGUGAGAAAGGCCACCUUUUGCAGGCCAAAGGUCCAGUGCAGCGUGGGCAGCAUCUCCCGACAGGGCUGGGGAGAGGCUCCCCUGCAGAGCGGCUGCUGCCCGUCAGGGCCAAGGGAAGCCAGCUAGAGGGGCCUGGGAUAUUAAAGAAGCUUGCAGUGCCCCCAAUGCAGGCAAGUGCCCUGUCUUCUCCCAAGAGACCCCCACAAACCAACUAGCCCCUCUCCCACUUUUCUUUCCAGGACCCUCCUGGAGGCUGAGAGUACCAGGCUGCAGAGCCCAGCUGCCGACUUCAAACUGAUCAGUGGCAUCAGAGGUAUGUAUAAGCAGGGCAGAGAGAGAGAAAGAUGGAGGGAGAAUGAAUGAUCGGAAUGGCAAUAAUCCCAUGGGAGAAAAGAGGCUUAUUAGGACUGUAGAGCUGGAAGGGAACCCCAAGGGUCUUCUAGUCCAACCCCACUGGAAUGCAGGGAUCACAAGUGUCAGGGGUUCAGGAGCAGAGGCAAGGGCAAGGGAGGAAACAGAGAGCGAGGGGGAGGAGGCAGAAGAAAAGAUGAGUGAUGACGACGACCCGAGAUCUCCGAGUCUUUCCAGUGAAUCAGAAGAUUCACAGAAAGGAGCACCAGUGGCCAGGGCAAGGGGGAGCCUAGGGGACGCCCCAGGAAGAUAGAGCCAGAGGGGACUCAGAGGGGAGCAGUUGGAAAUCGGGACCAGCGUCACCGCCAGAGAGCAGGGAAGAGGAAGGGAGCCAGGGAUCAAGCGCUGGCAGCUCACAACAGGGGGGAGGGCACGAGUCAGGAGUGGCCACACCUCCAUCGGGGAGCGAAGAAACGGUCAGACGGAAGGUGGAAGGUUGGGCGCGCGCGCCAAGUUCAAAUGCACAGGAAGGUGGCACAGUAGGCAGCCCGGAAAGGGAGCCAGGUCCUAAAGCCCGCCGAAAGGAGGGAGAAGAGUCAGGGGGGUCAGCGUCAGCGUCAGAGGAAUCCCGGAAAGAAGAGACCCCAGGGGCAGAGGGACCCAGAGAAGAACAGUCAGGCGGAAAAGGUGGAGCAGGGCUAGGAUAUUAAGUUGGUGUACAAGGGGCGGAGACUCAGACGGAGCUUCGCCGGUCUAACCAUGAGACGUAGAGUUGCACGCAGCAGUUUGAGAAUGGAAACUGUAACUCAAUAAAGACUUUUGUUUAAUGAUCGCUGGCUAGCGUGAUCCUCUGUGAGCUAGGAUCUGGAAGCAGCUCUGACAACAAGCUAAAGAAAUGUUUUGUGUCUCUGUUCUCUCUACAGAUGGGAAGCUGGAGUUGAGCAACGGCCUGUCCCUGGACAGAGGCCCCCUGGGCCCCCGAGACCCCUGGCUGAGCCCAGCCACCUUCCCGAAGGCCAGCGCAAAGCCCCGGCUGCCCAGGGUCCAGAAUGAGUCCUCAGUGGGCAGCUUCACUUCCUCUGUGCCCCCCAAGAGCAGGAGCCCCUUGGCCAGGGAUUUCCAGAAGGCCAGCACCAUCCUCCCGGAUCCCUCCACCAUAAGUUUUGAGGACCCCUUGCCAGCCAAAGACGUCCUGGCUCCCAUCGACUUGCCCGCUUUUGAGCAGACUGAGGUCUGGAUGGCCACCCAAAUCACAGCUGUCUCCCAGUCGCUUUUGCACGAGUCCCUUCCGCCUUUCGACGCUGCGGCUCCUGGCGCCUUGGAAGAAUCCAGCUUGGGCACAGAGCAGAGACUCCAGGCGGCCGGAGCCAUGAGGGGUGGCAGAGAGACUGAAGCAGAAGAGAAGGAAGGACUUUGUGAGGAGGAGGAGGAAGAAGAAGAGGAGGAAGAGCAAGAAGCGGAGUGUCUCAGCAAUGAGCCAGCAGGGGAGACCACGACCCAGAAUGGUCCUUACCCUGACCGGCUGGUCACAGAAGCAUUGGAAAUCGCACUCAAAGUAGUCAACGGGGCAGAUGUCCGGGCAGAGACCGGCUUCCUUGAGGGCUCCAACUCCCCAAACAGCCUCCCUCUGGACGGCUCUCCCCCCUUAGAAGAUGAAGGCAGAGCAGACCCUCCUCCCAGUACAGAGUUGGUGAAAGAAGCUGCAGAGAAAGUGCUGAAAGAGCCCACAGGGGACACUCUGUCAGGGGCAGACCUUAUGGGGGGCAUCCGAGGCUCUGAAGAGCCCACAGAGGCGAAUGGCAGCCCCGGUGAGGCCUGCGCAGAGCAGCAUGAAGGAGAGACUCAGGGGGCUCUGGCAACAGACCCCCCAACUCCACAAGAAACGGAGUUGCUGGAGGUAGAAGGGGAGGCCAGGGAAACUGCAGACGGCGUCCCGGUCACCGGGAGGAUUGAGGCCUACCAGGAAGUGGUGCCUCCGGGAGAGGAAGGCGAGGAGCUCCCGCCGCCAUGUAGCACAGAGCAGGGCGGGCACAGCAAUGAGGAGGUGCCCGAGUGCCCAGAAGGGGCAGGUGCCCUGGGCAAAGAUGCGGCUGUGGCGGUGAGGGAGGGGGAGGAGAGCUGGGCCCCUGGCGCCAGCAGCCCCCCAGAGGAGCAGGCAGGUGCCACGGGAGGGUACCUGGAGGAAGCGGAAGACCUGGAGGUGGUGAGCACAGAAGCCCUGCACCUGUCGGAGGACGAGGAAAGGAGGGAGCUGUGGAGCCCCUCCAAGGAGAACGAGGAGGAGGACUUGCAGGUGCUGGAGGGGGAGCUCCUGCAGGCAGAAGAGUUUGUUGCUUGUGAGAACGUGGCACCACUGAGCCAUGUGGCGGCAGAGAGUUGCUCAGAGCAACCCUUUCUUCAGCUGGAGCAGGCACAGCUCCAGGCACCAGGAGCCCCUCUGGAAGAGAAGGAUUUGGCCCUGCGGGAGGGAGAGGUGGGAGAGGCAUCCCAGGAACCUGACGCCUUUCCUGCAGAGGAGACCCCCUUGGCAGAAGAAAACUCCGCAAGGGAGGAAGGAGAGAACAUGGAAGGGGAGCCCAGAAUGGUGGAAAGUGCAAGGGAUGCUGAGGGGGGCAAAGAAAGGGGGGAGGAGGAGGAAGACAUCCCCAGGCCCCCGAGAGAGGAUGGGUUGGGGAAUGAGGAUGUCAGGGAGAAGCAGGGGUUCUCAGACACAGAGCCUGUCUGCUCCCAAGAGAUGGAGGUUGCCUUGCGAGGCGAGGAUGUCCCGGAGCAAGGAGAGAUCUCCAAGGCAGAGGAGCAGGAUGUGGCAGGAGAUGCUUUGGAGGAGCAGCAGCAACUGGCAGAGGAGGAGGAGGGAGCAGGAGAAGGAGGAGGAGAGAUCCCAGCAGCUGCUCUUGACGCUGACAGAGACAUCCAGGAGGGAAGCUUGGUGGUGGGCCCAGAAGCCUCCAAGGCUGAAAGGGAAGAGGCGGAGGAGGAGGCAGGCAUUCUAGAGAUGGAAGAAAUAGCAGCUCCCUUGGAGACAAAGGACCUGCCAUGGUGCCCGGAAGCGGAACAGGACGAGGCCGAUGUGCAGGCAGAGGAAGAAGAGCAAGCAGUGGCCAGAGUAGUAGAGGUUCUCCAAAGUCAGCUGGCCACCCACCUGGGUGAAAGCCUGGCCCCCCCUGCUGACAAAGAGGUGGAGGUUCCCCCAGAAGUGCAGGGCAGCCCCACUGACGGGUUUGAGGGCAAGGACCAGGCCGACACCAGCUAUGGUCAGUCGCAAAGUGAGUCUUUGGGGUCUGAGGACUCCCUUGAAUCCUGGGACAGCUCCCCAAAUGCCAGCCGUGAGACCGAGGGGAUUGAGAAGGGCCUGGAAAGUGGCAAAGCGAUUAUGCUAGAGGAGACUCUGCCGGAUCACACCCCCUUGCAUCUGUAUGAGGGGCAGAUGUUGCCUGCCUCUGGGGAGCCCCAACAAACGCCUCCAGAGAGCCAAGAGGCUGCAGAACUGCCUCUUGUGACCCAAGAUGGAUCUACGUCUUUAGAGGAGGUGCAACAUCCUCCAGCAGAGGACGAGAGUUUGCACAGCCCCCCAACAGAGGAGAACAUCAACAAACAAGAAGGUGCAGAAGAGGAAGGGGGAUGUGCCAUAGAAGCUGCUCCCAUCCAAGGCACAGACGAUCCCAAAGUUUCAGAAAAACCUACGACAGAUGCUCUGGAACUCAUCGGAAGUGAUGGAAACCUACUUGAAGAAGACUCCAAAGUGCUCAGAGGGGAGGAGGUUGCAAAGGACUCUGCACAGUUGGACGCAGAAUCUGAGAAAGAGUUGGCUGGUGGGGAAGUCCCCCAGAAAGGAGGCGAGGUAGAAGAAGAAGCCCAGUUUGUAGAACAGUUCUGUGAGGAAGAACUUGGCCAGGAUUUUGCUUGGGGACCAGAGGAGGACAGCACUUUCCAAGUAGAACGGCUGGAUCCCAGCAACGUGGAGGAAAAUGCCUUUGUAGAAGGGGACGGUCCAUUGGAGCUGGGUGACCAGGGCGACACAGAGGCUGAAGGUGGCCACAAGGUUUCUCCCCUGACCAGCGUGGCUGACUUGGGUGAAAUUGUGCUGGAGGGGGAAGAAGGGUCUUUGGAUAUGCAGGGAGGAGACCUCACGGGACCAGAGGCUCCAGCAUGUGGCAAGGAUGAAGAUUUGCCCUGUGCCCAGGAGACAACGGACCUUGAAAUCUGCAGAAGAGAAGAUCAGGUCCCACAGGAAGAUGUGGCUGAGGGGGACCCACAUGGCGAGGAUCUCCCAGGUGAGACAGUUGCGAGCAUCUCAAGAGAGAGCAUGAAAGAUGCUGACAUCCUGGAGAUCGUGGAACAAGCUCUGGAGUUCAACCAGGAGCUGAUCAAGGCAGCUGAGCCGUGUGUUGAGACCGAACCAACAGUGACAGGAGGGGAGGAAGGUCCAUCCCUGGAGAAUGAGGAAGAGGAGAGCCAGGCUGCACCAAUUGCCUUGCCCGAUGUCAGUGACUCCCAGGUCCCCACAGAGGCCCCAGAAAUCUCCUUCCCCGAUGCCAAAGACCCAACAGAAUCAGGUCCUCUGUGGGCUGACAGCAAUGCUAAUGGGCUGCAGCAAGACCCCGGCGUUGCUGAUUUCACAGAGGAGAUCCUGAAUGGGAUUGGGGUCCUCCAGCCUGGUGAGACAGAGUGCAAUGGUGGCAUCUCUGAGGAAGAACCAAUGAAGAAGGUUACCAUCACCCAGCAGUUCCUCAGGGAGGAGCUGGACAAGCCCUCCGCGGUGGAGGUGACAGCAGACCAGAGAUCGCCUCAAAUGCCGUCCCAUGAAGAGACACCAAGGAUCGAAGAUGUGGAGCCGGAAGUUCAUGAGAAGGUUCUGCUGGGACAUGGCAAAGGCCUGGAGGCCACGGAUCCCAAUGAGAACCUCUUUGUCGACAUCUUGCAGGCUGCCUGUGUCAAAGGGGGGAAGGGCGCUGAUCCAGGGGCCGUCUCCAUCCCACCACACUUUGGGGAUGAAGUUCUCCGCCUGGAGUCCAACCAGCACCUGAACUUCCGGACGGAAGAGGAGGAGGAGCAGAGAUGGUCUUCAGAAGACAACUGAAACCCUGCCUUUGUCCCUCCCAGCAGCUGACUCCUGCCAGAGGCAAAGCAAGAUCUCUAGGGGACCAGGAGAUCACUCUCUUCCCAUGCCCCACAACCUCCACAACCUUUUUAAAUUUUGUUUUUCUAGAUGCCACACUACCAUUUUUCAUUUAAAAAAUAAAAAUAGGCCGUCAAAUUGACAAUCAAAAGCUUUGAUUAGAUAGAACUCUUCUUUUUUAAAAAAACCUCCUUUGAGACUUUAUGGUAGCGAUUUGUUAAAAACCUCCUGUUUGUUGGAGUGAGCAUUCGAGCCCAGUGCCUUAUAGGGUGGCAAAAUAUAGGGCCAGGGUUUUAAUCAUGAUAGGCUCCCCUUCCCCUUAAAGUGGACCCACUUGUUUGGGAGAGGGGGCAGUCCGAAGCCUUGUGACACCUGUGUGACUGGCUGCCACUGUGGGGGAAGCAGCUGGAUCCAACACCUCAGGGCCAACCCUCGAGCCCUCUGGGCCUUAGCACCUUCAACCCUCGAACCGUCAGCCUCCCCCAAGUUACGUUGCAAAAAACAAACCCCCAACGCAGCUUGGCACAUCCCCUUUCCAGGAUUUUGUGGCUGGCACAGCAAUUCUUAAGCUCCUCGACCCACAGAUCAAGGUAUCGCUGAGCUGGGUCCCACCUUCCUCGCUGUCUGACCGCCUCCUGCUUCUUUGGGGCCUGAUAGUUUAUGGAGAUUAAAAAGUGGGUUUUAAGCUGCAAAAAUGUUGGUUUCUGUGCAAGUCAGGCCAAUGUCUCCCAAGUGCAAAUUUGAAGGGAGUGUACGUCUUCAGGGGCUGCUUUGAAGUUCACCCUAUAAGCAAGCCAGCAAGAGGAUGUUUGCAGAAGGACUGGGGCAGGCAGCAGAUCCUGGGGUGUGGAGGGGCUGGUGGUUUGGCGUGGACCCUGUUAGUUGCAGAGAGAGAUGCAGCUGCUCCCUGGCCUUGAGGUGCAGGACUUAAGAAUUCUGCUGCUUUGUUGCCUUCAGAUAUGGAGUCAGCAAGACGGACCCCCGGCUUCCUACGACUGAGCCUCCUUGAUAAGCUAAUAAAAGCAAUUUGUUUCCCACCACU